AUGGCGACUCUGAAGAGGGGUCGAGACUACAGAGGAUUCAUCCUGCUCUCCAUCCUCCUGGGGACCCGGAGAGAAGCUUGGGCAGGACAUAUUUUCUACUCUUUGCCGGAGGAAACAGACACAGGGUCUUUUGUGGGUAAUAUCGCUAAGGAUCUGGGCCUGGAGCCCCGGGAACUGGCAGAGCACGGAAUCCGCAUCGUCUCCAGAGGUAGGACACAGCUUUUCGCUCUGAAUCCGCGAAGCGGCAGCUUGGUCACUGCAGGCAGAAUAGACCGGGAGGAGCUCUGCGCUCAGAGUGCACGGUGCCUGGUGAACUUUAACAUCCUGAUGGAUAAAAUGAGUCUUUACCCUAUAGAAGUGGAAAUAAUAGAUGUUAAUGACAAUUCUCCUAGAUUCUUGACAGAAGAAAUGACUGUAAAAAUAACGGAGAACACAGCUCCUGGGGUGCGGUUUCCCUUAAAUGAGGCUAGGGAUCCAGAUGUGGGCACGAACUCCCUCCAGAGCUACCAGCUCAGUCCCAAUCGUCACUUCUCCCUGGUUGUGCAGACUGGAGAUGAUGGAGCUAAAUAUCCAGAAUUAGUGCUGGAAAGGGUGCUGGAUAGAGAGGAAGAGGCUGUUCACCACCUACUCCUUACAGCCUCUGACGGCGGUGACCCACCCCGAUCGCAAACCGCCCGCAUCCAGGUAACUGUGGUGGAUGUGAAUGAUCACGUGCCAGUCUUCUCUUUGCCUCAGUACCAAGUAACUGUCCCUGAGAACGUACCAGUGGGCACAAGAUUGCUCACAGUACACGCUGUCGAUCUGGAUGAGGGAGUCAAUGGGGAAGUGACAUAUUCUUUCCGGAAAAUAACUCAAAAAAUUCUACAGAUAUUCCAACUGAACCCUCAUACAGGAGAAUUAUCAACUUCAGAAGGCCUAGAUUAUGAAGAGUCCAGCUACUAUGAAAUGGAAGUUCAGGCUCAGGACGGUCCUGGUAGCAUGACAAGGGCUAAAGUAAUUAUCACAAUUUUAGAUGUGAAUGACAAUGCCCCAGAAGUGACUCUAACAUCUGUAAGCAACUCAAUCCCUGAAGACACUCCUCCUGGAACAGUAAUUGCUCUUUUCUACCUUCAAGAUCGAGAUUCCGGCAAGAAUGGUGAGGUGACCUGCACUAUUUCAGAAAAUCUGUCUUUUAAAUUAGAAAGAUCAGUAGACAAUUAUUAUAGGUUGCUGACAGCGAAAAACCUAGACCGGGAAAAACUCCCUGUGUAUAACAUCACACUGAAAGCCACAGAUGGUGGAACCCCACCCUUGUCCAUGGAAACUCACAUCUCAGUGAAUGUGGCAGAUACCAACGACAACCCACCUGCCUUCCCCCACUCCUCCUAUUCUGUCUACAUCCCUGAAAACAACCCCAGAGGUGCCUCCAUCUUCUCUGUGACUGCACAUGACCCGGACAGCCAUGAGAAUGCCCAAGUCACUUACUCCCUGUCUGAAGACACGCUCCGGGGGGCACCCCUAUCCUCCUAUGUGUCCAUCAACUCUGACACUGGUGUCCUAUAUGCCUUGCAUUCCUUCGACUAUGAGCAAUUCCGUGACCUGCAACUGAGAGUGACUGCGCAGGACAGCGGAGACCCACCGCUUAGCAGCAAUGUGUCCUUGAGUAUAUUCAUUCUUGACCAGAAUGACAACAGACGCCAGCGCCCGCGGCUCCAGGUCGCUGGCCACGAUGGAGUAGGAGACGUGGCCGUUGGGUCCCAGGUCGGGGUCGGAGGCGCUGACUUGGGCGAUAGAGGCUCCAGGAGGAUUGUUCUCAACCACGUGGACCACGUAAGAAGGCUGUGGGAAAACCGGCGCGUUGUCAUUGACAUCGCCAACGUGCAGGCGGCCCGCCAGCGCCUGCUGGUCGCCGUGCGGGACGGGGGACAGCCGCCCCUCUCUGCCACCGCCACGCUGCACCUGGUUUUCGCCGACAGCCUCCAAGAAGUACUGCCGGAUGUCAGCGACCGUCCGGAGCCCUCUGACCCCCAGGCCGAGCUGCAGUUUUACUUGGUGGUGGCUUUGGCCUUGAUCUCAGUGCUUUUCCUCACGGCAGUGACUCUUUCCAUAGCCUUGCACCUUCGUCGCUCCUCCAGCCCCACCACCUGCGGCUGCUUUCAGUACAGUCUCUGUGAAAAAUCAGGACCUGUGAUUCCUCCCAACUACAGUGAAGGGACUUUGCCUUAUUCCUACAAUUUGUGCGUUGCGCAUACUGGAAAGACAGAGUUUAAUUUUCUAAAGUGCAAUGAGCAAUUGAGUUCAGAGCAAGACAUACUUUGUGGUGAUUCAUCCGGGGCCUUAUUUCCACUUUGCAAAUCCAGUGAGUCAACCUCCCAUCUGGUGAGUUUCUUUUAA